AUGUCGAUCAGCGCCACUCUGACCAAAGUGUGGAACUUACCCGGCCGCAGCGACAGGAAGGUCACGCUCAAGUUCAGAGGUUUCAGUCACAAAACUAGGAUCCUUCAGUGUGAGGAAACGGCAGUCUUCAAUGAGUAUUUCCGCUGGCCUCACUAUGGUAACCUGAGAAGAGAUGAAGCACUGUCCAUCUGUGUUUACAACUGCAGCAGAAUAUUCUCCAACAGACUGCUGGGUCAGUUGGAAGUCAGCCUGCAGCAUGUGUUAACAUCUGGGCGGUUAAUUGUCAGAGAGCCACUGACAGAUGCCAACUACAGUCUCACAGAUAUGUACAUUGAGUUGGACAUAAGGUACCACCCAGUUCAAGGAGCAGCGGGAAACUGGGACGGACAGGACUUCCGAUUAGAAGACAAAGACGAUUCCUGUCUUGUGAUCAGAAACGAUGCUUUUAAUGAAGUCGAAAGUCAGCUGACCGUGGUCCGUCCCAGUCAGUUGGAGCGUGAGGUUCGCCGUUUGGGACGAGAGCUUGUGAAGAGUGGUGACGAUGACUGUGACAGCGAUGAAGACUGGGACGAAGAUUACUCUGAACUUGCAUCGGUUACAUUCACACAGCUGCUCAGUCGCUGCAGAGCUCUGUCCAAGAGAGAAGCAGCAGCCGCUCCCAGAGUCCACAGCUUCCAGAUAAGUGUGAAUAUUCUGGAGGCGCAGAAGCUGGCUGGAGUCAACAUAAACCCAGUGGUGUUUAUCCGAGUGGGGAACCACAAGAGACACACAGCCACACAGAAGUCCACCAACUGUCCGUACUACAACGAGAAUUUUGUGUUUGAGCUCCAGGAGGCUCCAGAGAUGCUUUUCGACAAAGUCAUUGAGAUCAAGGUGUGCCAUAGAAAGACACUGCCAUUUCUCUUGAAACUGAUCGGCUUGUUCAAAAUGGACAUAAGGACUGUCUUUAACCAACCAGACCAGCGCUUCUACCAGCAGUGGGCGCCGCUGUGUGACCCCUCCGACACACGCUCCGGGGUGAAAGGCUUCGUGAAGGCGACGGUCGGGGUCCUGAUGAAAGGAGACAGUGUGGGGACCAAUGAGCUCACAAACCUGAUGCUGCCCCGGGGCAUGGCCAAAGACCGACCCUGGGCCCGGUUCAGGGUUCGGAUUUACCGAGCCGAGGGACUUCCCGCCAUGGACUCUGGACUCAUGGCGCGGAUGGCUGUGUCUGACCGCACUGUGUUCAUCGACCCGUAUGUGCAGGUCACCUUCUGCGGACAGCAAGGUGAGACGUCGGUUGCCGGAGCGAGUAGUUCUCCCGUUUGGAACGAGGAGAUUUCGUUCAUCGAACAGUUUCCACCUUUGGCUCAACGAAUCAGAAUCCAGAUCCUCGAUGACGCCAAGACGGGAGACGUGGCUUUGGCAACACACUUCUUAGAUUUACAGCAGAUCUCAGACCCGACUAGGAACGGUUUUAACCCCACGUUUGGGCCAAGUUGGGUGAAUUUGUACGGAUCGCCUCAGAACUCUACUCUCAGAGACAUACACCAGGCUCUGAAUGAAGGACUUGGAGAGGGCAUUUUCUAUCGAGGCCGAAUUCUGAUUGCUCUUAGUGUGGAAGUCUACUCUUCUCCAUCAGCUGCCAACGAGGUCCAACCGGGUCCAGUGACAAAGGUGAAAGGAGCUCUGGGAAUGAGGAGGAAGAGGAGCAGUAAGAGGAAGAGCCAGGAACAAAGCACAGCUCCUCGGGCAGCAGCUGCAGACGCCGUCGAGGACUUUGGGGAGGUUCCUGAAGCGGUAACCGUGGAAACAGAGGAAAUACAUCCACUGCCUGAGAGUAUUCUGGGGGAGAAGCAGGAGUUUGUGCUGUUUGCGUCGCUGUUUGAGAUCACAAUGAUGGACCUGAGAGUGGGCAACAAGCCACUUAACUUCGAACUCUCCAUCGGUAACUUUGGUAAGGCAGUGGAGGUGGCGCAGAGACGAGCUCAGAGCAGAGAAGAGCUUGGUGGGAGCAGACAGGAGCUGAACGAGGACAGCCAGACCCUGCUGGAGUCUGAGGAGGACCUAGACCAGGACCCGGACCGACCGCAGACCCCAGACCCAGACCUGGAACCAGAACCUGAUAACCACUCUGUGACCGAUCCAAUGAGGCCAGAGUUCACAGAGUAUGACAGGUCUUUCCGGUGCAUCCCUCUGCAGUCCGGGUCCAAACCCUGUCUCUGGGUCCUGUCCCGGUUUGAAGACCACAGCCCACGUCUGCAUCAGUCCAGCUGGCUCUGCAAGAUCUCCGACCGGCUGGAACUGGGUCUGGACCAGGUGGAGAGGCUUCUGCGGAGGCCCGGAUCCAAUGCUAAGAACAGACUGCAGGAGGCGCUGUUGGAGCUCAUCGCAUCCUGCAAACAUUUCAGCGUAUUUUCGGACAGACGCUCUCAGUUCAGACCCAACACUUUGGACCGUCAGCGGAAAGACUUCAUCAAGAAGAACCUGGUGAUCUUGGCCCGUCAGGCAGUUAGAACGCGCAGGAGAAUCACAAAAAGAAAUAUCAAACAGAAGCUCAAUGAUGCUAGAAAGAUCCUCCGCAAGCUCCGUCUCCUUUCUCAAGAGCCUCAGAGCACACUUCCUGAUGUGUUGCUAUGGUUACGCAGUGGGAGGAAGCGAUUGGCCUACGUCCGGAUCCCUGCUUACUCAAUCCUCUUCUCCAUGGUCGAGGAGCAGAAGGGGCGGGACUGCGGCCACGUGUCCACUUUUUACAUGAAAUCUCCGGGUUCAGCUCCCGGGGAGGUGUUCGCGAAGCUGGAGCUGUACCUUUGGCUGGGGCAAAGCAAAUACAGUAAAGAGGCUUUGGGCUCGUUACCAGAGGACUUCACACCUGUGCGCACUCCAGAGGAGGGGGCGGGGCCACCGAGCAGUGCACUUCCUGUCAGCCUGGUCUGUCAAGACAGUCGGUAUUUCCAGCUCCGGUGUCACCUGUACCAGGGCAGGAGUUUGUUAGCUGCUGAUGAUAACGGGCUCUCAGAUCCAUUCGCCAAAGUGCUGUUCUCCACGCAGUGUCAGGUCUCCAAAGUGAUGCAGGACACCUUGUCCCCGGCCUGGAGUCAGUGUUUGCUCUUCGACAGAGUUUUAUUAGAAGGAUCUAGAGAAGAACUGGAGCUGGACCCACCCCUCAUCAUCAUUGCCAUAUAUGACAAGGACGCCAUGGGCAGUCCGCGGGCUCUGGGUCGGGCCUACGCAGAGCCGCAGAUCAAACGAGUGGAGGAGCUCUACUCCAAACCUCAGUUGAAGUUUUACGACGUUUCUCUGGGAAAGGUUUCUGCCGGAGAACUCCUCGCCGCGUUUGAACUCAUCGAGCUGGAUUACUCUGGACCUGGAGAGCCCCGCCUCCCUCGCAGUCUUGAACCUCAGGAGCUGGAAGAAGCUGAGGACCGGACUUUCCUGAUCCCGCAAGGAGUGAGACCAGUUCUCAAAACCUUUCGGAUCGAGGUCUUAUUCUGGGGCCUUCGUGACCUGAAGAGGGUGCAGCUGUUCGAGAUAGAGCGCCCCCUGGUGAGAGUGGAGUGUUCCGGAAAAACUCUGGAGUCUGAAGAGAUUGAGGAUUACAAGAGCCAGUCCAACUUCAAGGAUGUGGUCCGAUACCUGGACGUGGAGUUGCCGGAGCAGAUUUACCUCCACCCUCCCCUGAGCCUGUUUGUGGUGGAGCGGAGGGCCUUCGGGAGGCUAGUCCUGGUCGGGUCCCACGUGGUUCACAGCCUCAUGUCCUACGGCCCACGGGAGCCAGGGGCAGAGUCAGACCAUGAGGGGGAGGAGCCUACACAAAACGUUGUUCAGACGCCUCCCGUGAAAGUGGCUCCUGUGGAUAUUGUCGGGAAGCUGGGACUCACCACAUUCAACUUCAGACAGAGCAAGAUCCCUUUCAAGAACCCUCUGAAGAUGGUGACCAAAAGACUUAUAGAUUCAGAUGAGCUUGAGGAGGAGCCCGUGGAGCAGGAGGAACUCGACUGGUGGUCCAAGUACUACACCUCUAUCCACGAACGGGACAAAGAGGCUGCGUCACGGAGAGAAUUGGAGGAACAAGCAGAGACAGAAGGGGCAGAUAUGACAAUGGCAAAUAUCGAGGAUGAUGAAGAGGAGACGGUGGUGGUGGAAAUGGAGCCUCCAAAACGAAAGAACAUUGCAACGCUCACCCUGUACAGUGGUGAGUUGGAGGCUCAGUUCCAUCAGUUCCAGGACUGGCUGCAGAUCUUUCCCCUGAUGAAAGGCCGUGCUCUGGGAGACUCUCUGGAUGAGGAGCCGGAGGAGCGCCUCAUGGGAAAGUUUAAGGGUUCGUUCCUUGUUUAUCCGAUCGACCCUGAGGCAGACAGCCCGAUGCAGAUCACUGAUGGGAUUCCAAAGAACUCCCCCAUCAAAGUCCUGGUCCGUGUUUAUAUCAUCAAGGCCUCCAGUCUGUCGCCCACUGACCCCAACGGCAAAGCGGACCCCUACCUGCUGCUCCAGGUCGGGGCUCAGAGCCAAGACACAAAGGACCGCUACAUCCCCAAACAACUCAGCCCGGUCUUUGGAGAAGUGUUUGAAUUCACCGUCUCGUUUCCGUUGGAGACCGAACUCCUGGUCAAGAUUCUGGAUCACGAUCUGGUCGGAGCAGAUGACGUCAUUGGGGAAACUCGUCUGGAUUUGGAAAACCGGUUCUACAGUCGGCACCGCGCCAGCUGUGGACUGUCGCUGUAUUACGACACAGAAGGAUACAACAUGUGGCGCGACGUAAAGAAACCCACCACCAUUUUAAAUGAACUCUGUCAGAAUCACAACAUCCCAGAGCCAGAGUUCAGGACCAACGAGGUCAAAGUCCUCAACAAGAUCUUCAAGAUUCCCCCGGAUGCCAUCCCUGAGGCCCUCCUGAAGCAGAACGAGCCGUCGGAGGUCCAGAAGGCCGAGCUGGAGGAGCACAUGGCCCUGAACGUGCUCCGUCGCUGGGCAGAGAUGAGCGAGUUUAUCCCUGGAGCCGUCGCCCUGAUCCCGGAGCACGUGGAAGUCCGGCCUCUAGUGAACCCUGAUAAACCAGGACUACCCCAGGGAUUCCUUCACAUGUGGGUCGACAUGUUUCCCACGGACGUCCCAGCGCCGCCUCCGGUCAACAUCAAGCCCCGCCUCCCUGUGCAAUAUGAGCUGCGCGUGAUCAUCUGGAACACGGACGACGUGUUUCUGGACGACGUCAACCCGUUCACCGGAGAACCCUCAUCGGACAUUUACGUCAAAGGGUGGAUCAAAGGUCUGGAGGCCGAGAAGCAGGAGACAGAUGUGCAUUUCAACUCUCUGACCGGAGAGGGCAACUUCAACUGGAGAUUUGUUUUCCGUUUUGACUACCUGCCUACCGAAAAAGAAGUGGUGUUUAAGAAGAAGGAGUCCAUUUUCUCGUUGGAGGAGGCAGAGUUUCGACAGCCGGCAGUUCUGACGCUGCAGGUUUGGGACUACGACCGCAUCCUCGCCAACGACUUCCUCGGAUCCAUCGAGCUGCCUCUCUUUGACAUGGUGCGGCCGGCUCGAUCAGCCUCUAAAUGUUCAGUCAAAAUGUCCAGGGACCAGGCCUCUCCCCGCAUCUCCAUCUUCAGGAGCAGAAAGCUGAAGGGCUGGUGGCCUCUGACACGACUGAAAACCCCCGAGGACUGUGAGAAAGAGAAGGAACAGGCGUCCAAGAACAAGGGCAACAAGAGAGACCGACGCAGCCAAAACAAAGCAGAAGACCUGCAGUUUACAGACGCCAGUGGAGCCACACACGUGCUGAUGGGCAAAGUCGAGGCCGAGCUGCAGCUGGUGGCCCUGGAACAAGCUGAAGCCAAUCCUGUGGGAAAAGCCCGGAAAGAACCGGAGCCACUGGACAAACCAAAUCGCCCCACCACCAGUUUCGCCUGGUUCUUGAAUCCGAUGAAGACGUUUGUGUUUCUCAUUUGGAAGAACUACAAGAUGUACAUCAUCGGUCUGCUCGUGCUGGCCGUCCUCACGCUCUUCCUGGUCUUAGUGGUCUACACGCUGCCUCAGAACAUCUCCGCUCUCAUGGUCAACGGGUAG